AUGUCCUUCCCGCACUUUGGACACCCUUACGGCAGCGCUCCCCAGUUUCUGGUAUCUGCAAGUUCCAGCGCCACUUGCUGCGAAUCUGCCCCGCGCUCCGUCCCAGACGUGGCCUCAGGCUCCACCCCGGCUGCCGCUCUCUGCUGCGCACCCUACGAUGGUCGGCUGCUGGGUAGUGCUCGGCCAGAGCUGGGCGCGGCCUUGGGCAUCUAUGGAACCUCGUACGCGGCCGCGGCCGCAGCAGCUGCCCAGAGCUACCCAGGCUACCUGCCCUACAGCCCAGAGCCGCCCACGCUGUACGGGGCGCUGAAUCCACAGUAUGAAUUUAAAGAGGCUGCAGGGAGCUUUACACCCGGCCUGGCACAAGCAGGAGCCUAUUAUCCCUAUGAGCCAACUCUGGGGCAGUACCAAUAUGACCGGUACGGAGCGGUGGAGCUGAGUGGCACUGGCCGCCGGAAGAACGCCACCCGGGAGACCACCUCCACGCUCAAGGCCUGGCUGAACGAGCACCGCAAGAACCCCUACCCCACCAAGGGCGAGAAGAUCAUGCUGGCCAUCAUCACCAAGAUGACCCUCACCCAGGUGUCCACCUGGUUCGCCAACGCGCGCCGGCGCCUCAAGAAGGAGAACAAGAUGACGUGGGCGCCCAAGAACAAAGGCGGCGAGGAGAGGAGGGCUGACAGUGGAGCCGAGGAGGCCCUGGGCUGCCUAAAUGGCGACGCCAAAGAAGCUUCUGCAAGCCAGGAGGCUCGAGGGCUCCGGCUGAGUGACCUAGAAGACCUGGAGGAAGAAGAGGAGGAGGAGGAGGAGGAGGCCGAGGAAGAGGAGGCAGUGGCCACAGCUACCGACAGGCUGGCUGAGUUCCAUAAAGACUCGCAGGCGCUGCCUGCGCCAUACGCCGCCGCAGCUCGAGAGGCCAGGCUGGAGCGCCGGGAGGGUGGCCUGGCGGCGCGCUCCUUCUCAUUCAUUGAGCCGCUCGGAUCCGGAGAAGCUGACUUCCUCCGGGCGGAGCCCCAGGGCCCCACGUUGACCAUGCACUACGCGUGCAGCAGCGAGAAACCGCGCAUCUGGUCCCUGGCGCGCACCGCGGCAGCCAGCGCUGUCGAAGGUGCGGCUGCCACCCCUCCCAGGCCACGGAGUCCUGAGUGCCAUCUGAUUCCAGGACAGCCUCCGGGCUCGGGCGGGCGACCCGCCGUCCCCAGAGACUCCGCGUGCGAAGAGUCUUCCCGCAUAGCCAAGGCCUUCGGAAACCACCCGAUCGCCCUGCAGGGGCUGCCGAUGAACUGUGCGCCCUGCCCGCGGCGGAGGGAGCCUGCGGUGCCGUGCCAGUACCCGUCUGGAGCAGAAGGUUAGCGCAAUGGCUGCGAUUUGCAGAAGAAUCUUGGAAAUGUGCCCUACUUUUCGAACUCACCUCCACGCUCCGAAGCUGGGAGACACGUUGCCAGGGACUGGGGGCUCUCGCUUCGCCUAUGAGACAGACACACAGAAACCCUUAUACCGCUCUUCUUGCACGCGGAGCUGGGAGUGGCAGGCGGCCGUGCAUCUCUUCAGACCCGCUGGAGGAGGUGGUGCGGGGCACC